UAUGUGCAUUGGUCAGAUCAUAUAAAUAUCGGAUGAUGCUGAGAGGCAGACAGUCGCCCAGACGCCUCUGCAGACGAACGAAGGCGCGCACACCGACGACCGCUUUUGCCGCCGCUGCGAUGCCGGAGUCCGCGCUGCCGCUACUGCUGCUCAGCCUGCUCGCCUUCUCCUCGGCCUGCUACAUACAGAACUGCCCGCGGGGCGGCAAGCGCUCCUUCCCGGACACCGCACUCCGACAGUGCUUGGCAUGUGGUCCUGGAGCCAAAGGUCGCUGUUUUGGCCCCAGUAUCUGCUGUGGGGAAGGGAUGGGCUGCUACAUGAGCUCCCCAGAGACAGCGCGCUGCCUGGAGGAAAACUUCCUGCCUUCUCCCUGUGAGGCUGGAGGGAAAGUGUGCGGGGCCGAGGGGGGCCGAUGCGCCGCUCCCGGGGUGUGCUGCGACACAGAGGGCUGUGUGCUGGACCCAGACUGCAUGGAGGACACCAGGCAUCAGCUUUCAGCGGAGAACCAUUCCAGCCAAAUCAAGGGCUCACCUGAAGAACUGCUCCUUAAUUUGCUGCACAUGGCCACUAGAGGGCAGAAUCAGUAAUGUCCUUUCAACAGAUGCUCACUCCUGCUGUGCUGUCUCCCACAGCUGAAAAUGCAACACAGUGAAACAGAGCCAGAAAAAAAACACCUUCAAACAAUGUAUAAAUAUCGUAUAUAACGUUAUUGUUUUACCUUUAAUAGCAUGUAUGCUUUUCCUUUAUGGAAUAUUCCAUGCAAAUAUGUACCUGUGUCAUGUGAUGCUGCCAAGAAUAACGCAGCUAGAGUCUGAUAGUGUUUUGAGAAUAACGGAAAAUGGCUUGCUUGCAGUUUUCUUCAAAGACAGUAAAAAUGUAUCAGAUCCAGCAAACACAUUUUAGUGCAAUUCAGCUAUAUGCUGUAAUUCAACAGUACAGUGUUGGAAAAAAUGUAAAUAUGUAAUAAAUUUUUUUUCUUAAAGUUA